AUGCCAAGCUCAGACAAUCAAGAGGCUUUUGAACAGUUCAAGAUAAUUGCAGGCUUGGGAUCAGAUGAUUCUUCCAGUGAUGUUGACGACAAAAUCAAUCGUCUACUAACUAUUCAUGAUCACGAUUUAAACAAUGCAAUCUUGACAUACUUGGAAUCAGGUUUUGAAACAGUUGAAUCAGCUCAAGUAAAUACACAAAACGAUACUGGCACUAGUUCAGCGAUAGAUCCUAGAGAGAUUGAAGGUAAUGGGACUGGCACUGGAGGUGGCGAGAAUGACGAUGACGAUGGAGGCAUAGGUGAACUAAUACAUCGGUCAGCAUCGACAAGGACCAGAGGUGAUUACGUCAAUCUUCAAAGUCAAAUGUUUCUUAACUCGCUUACGCCUCGAUUGCCUAAAGCGCCCCAAAUUUCCACUCGCUGGCAAUUAGAUGUGGGAAUUUAUAGUUCCCUUAUUCAUGAGCGAGAGGAGAAACAGAAACGCGAAUUGGCGGGAGAGAAGAAAUGGCAAGCUAAUGAGAGUGUGAUUGAACAUAGUCGUGAAAUAGAUAGUGACACGUCAAGCACUAGACUGAGUGCAGCCGCACGCAGCAAUACUUCGAUUUUGAAUACACUAUGGUUCAUUUUGUUGAUUAUACCCAAAAACAUUCUUCUGGUGAUCAUAAACUCCAUAAAGUUCUUUUUUGGCUUUGGAUGGGGUGGAGAUGAUGAGGGUGACAACAAUUUCAAGCUCAAUAGACUGUAUGAUUUCGAAAAGUUUCAUCCUGAUUAUUCAUAUUUGUCAACCCUAAAGGAAAAACAGGAGCUGGAGGAUGAAACCAAUUCCAUAGACAUGUACGAUAUAGUGGAAUCAGGUUUCAACGAGUUGCACUCACACUGUCAAAGGGAAUAUGACUGGUUGUUGGUGGUUUUGACCAAUGAUUUACCAGAAACGACAAAGUUUAUGAAGAAACUACUCAGAAAUUCCCACUUUAAAAAAUCAUUCAACAAGAACAACGGUAAUUUCAAGUCUACAAAGAUGUAUUUCGCCAACGUUGAUCAUUCACCAGAAGCAUGGGAAAUUGGUCAAACUUAUAAAAUCAAAAGGACGCCAUAUGUAAUGCUUGUGGCUAAUGUGUCUCCAAGCCCUGAUAUCAUGGCAUCAAUGUCAAUAGUCUACAAAUCCAAUUUGUCCAAACAAUUCAUUAUGGAUGAUGAAUUGAGUAUAACUGUACUGAAAAUUGCCAAGUAUUUAGUCAAGAAUAUUGACAAGUACAAUCCACAAUUAGUAGCUGCUAAAUACGACAAACAAGAGACCGAUUUCAGUCGAUUAAUUAGACAACAACAAGAUGAUGCAUACACGCAAUCACUACUUAAAGACAAAUUGAAGAAACAAAAACGAGAUGAAGAGUUGCGAUUGAAGGAAGAGACAGAGAGUCUUGUCAAAUUAAGACGGUGGUUUCUUUUAAAUUUGAUCAAAGAUAAUCAUAUUGAAGGUUUAACUGAUCCUGAUGACUCUCUACGUGUGGCAGUUAAACUCCCCAGUGGUAAACGUCUAAUUGAACAGUUCAACAAGUCAAUCACAAUCCUUCAAUUCUUUAUCUAUAUCGAACUCAAGCUAUUCAUUGAAGAAACAACACUGGAAUUGAACCAUGCAAAUGACAACUGGUUGCAAGAUGAAGCAACUAUUGAUGAAUUGAUUGGUGAAUUGAAUCUGGAUUUAUCUGACGAGCACAAGUGUCGAUUCCAAGAUGUACAUCAUUAUUACCUGGUGAAUCCAUUCAAGUUUGAAGUUGUACAGCCGUAUCCUAAAAAGGUUAUCGCGUGUGAUUCAGAAUUGACUAUUGGAGAAGUGCCUGAAUUCAAGGGUGCAAACUUCCUUGUUGAAUAUAUAGUUGAAGAAGAAGAUGACGAUGAUGAGGAUGAGGAGGGUUGA